UUUGAGUUUGUUUGUGAUCGAAGAAGAUGAAGUUUGGGAAGGAGUUUGCAGCACAGAUGGUGCAAGAAUGGAAGGAAGCAUACAUGGAUUACAGUAAUCUGAAAUCGAUAUUGAAAGACAUCUUAAGAUUCAAACAACAAAACAAGCCACCAACGACGAUGGCAACAGGAACGAGAAAAGGGUCAUUGAAGAGAACGGUAACGCUUUAUAGGGCAUUUAGUGGAUUGACAAAUAAGUAUAAGCCAGUUUCGUCAAUGAAGAACCAUGAGGACGAAGUUAUAUUAGUGAGCGCGGUUCAAGAAGGAGGGGUUGAAGGGGAUUACCAGACAAUGUUUCUUAGGUCAGGUGAAGAAGGAGGUGAGUUUGAGAUGCUUUUCUUUAGGAGACUUGACGAUGAGUUCAAUAAGAUUGUUAGGUUUUAUAUGAAAAAAGUUGAAGAAUCUAUGGUGGAAGCUGAUGAGUUGAGUAAGCAAAUGAAUGCUUUGAUUGCUCUAAGGAUUAAGGUUGAUAAUCCAGUUGUGGGAGGAACUGAUAUGGUUGAUCUUGCUGAUCAUGGGUUUUCUUCAAAUCGUCAUCAGUGGCUCAUUCCAUCAAUGGGGAAAGCAUGGACGGGCUCGGAUGGAUGCAACCGAGAUGAGCAGUGA